UCGAACACUUUCCGGCAUAAACAAAAGCAUAUUAGACCUUCAAUUUUCUUUCAGACAUUUCAUCAAACACUUUCCAGGCAUAACAUGGCAUCACCAAAGAAACCACCAACACCAACAGCAAUAAUGCACCAACCAGCAUCACCACGUUUCCCUCCAAGCACACCAACAUCAAACGCUAAUCGUAAAAUCGCAAUCGCCGUUGAUUUAAGUGACGAAAGCGCUUACGCCGUUAAAUGGUCCGUUGAAAACUACCUACGUCAUGGUGACGCCGUUAUUCUCCUUCACGUUAGACCAACAUCCGUUUUAUACGGUGCUGAUUGGGGCUCAAUAGAUGCAACUGAUACAAAUGAUGAAAAAUCAAAGCAAAAAUUAGAAGAAGAUUACGAUAAUUUUACGAGUAAUAAGUCUAAUGAUUUGGCACAACCGUUAGUCGAUGCGAAUAUUCCGUAUAAGAUAAGGAUUGUUAAGGAUCAUGAUAUGAAAGAGAGGUUAUGUUUGGAGAUUGAGAGGUUAGGAUUGAGUGCUGUGAUUAUGGGGAGUCGAGGAUUUGGCCUGGCGAGUAGAGAGACGGAUGGAAGUAGGCUUGGGAGUGUUAGUGAUUAUUGUGUUAGACAUUGUGUUUGUCGUUAUUCAAUGAGGUAUCCUGGUGGUGAUGAUGGUGCUGAAGGUUCUGCAAGGGCGACUAAUAAAUUAAUGGAAAAGGAGACUGAGGGGGAGGAUUCCAUGUUUCAUGAUGCAUCAGAUAAAGGAACAGGUAUAUCUUGAUACUUAUACAAUGUGUGUUUAAUUUG